AUGUCUCGGCUCGUCACUCGGCACAAGUUUGUUGUUCGCGGGCUUCUUUCUCUGCAGAUUACUACAGCGCGCUUGAAGGAUUAUAUUGUUCAACUCCAAUUGUCUGAAAUAUUGUUGUUAUUUUUAUUUGUUAUCUAUCUAUCUAUCUAUCUAUCACAAUAUAUUUUUAUAUAUCUAUCAAUAUAUUCUUAUCUCUCUAUCUAUCUAUCUAUCUAUCUAUCUAUCUAUCUAUCUAUCUAUCUAUCUAUUUGUCUUACAUACUUACGUAUCUAUCACUCUACCUACCUACCUACCUAUCUAUCUAUCUAUCUAUCUAUCUAUCUAUCUAUCUCUCUAUAUAUAUAUGCCUGUCAAAUUGUCGGUUUAUCUGCCUGUCGGUCGGUCUAUCACAGUAUAUUUUUAUGUAUGUACAUAUGUAUGUAUCUAUCUAUCACAGUAUAUUCUUAUGUGUCUAUCAACCUACCUACCUACCUACCUACUUAUCUAUCUAUCUAUCUAUCUAUCUAUCUAUCUAUCUAUCUAUCUAUCUACUUAUCUAUCUACUAUCUAUCUAUCUAUCUAUCUAUCUAUCUAUCUAUCUAUCUAUCUAUCUAUCUGUAA